AUGCUAUCAGAAUAUGAGAUUCUAGAAGAGUUGAAUGCUAUUACCGAUGAUAUGGCAUUCGAUUCGGAAGACGGAGGAGAUUCUGAUGCAGAAGACUGUACCACCAAUGCAAAUAACUCUCUAAGUCAACCAGUAUGGCAUUUAUCUACCAGAUCAUCAGGUUCUAGUAUGGCUGAAGCUGAAGUGCAGGUGCCUAAUGUAUCAAAUAUUGAACAAACAAAUAGUAACAUUCCUUCUACUUCUCAAGAUAUACAUAAUGAUUUGGAGUUGCUAGAAGAUAUUAUGUCCAGCUCAGAUGAGGAAAUGGAUGACAGUGAUAAAGAUAAAGAUUAUGUACCAACUCAGCAACAGCAACUACUUGUAGAUUUAGAUGAAGUUAAUGACUUACCUAUUGAUGUAAAUAUAUUUCUAAACAAUGAUGAUCUUGAAAACGAACUCCUAAAUGUAGAAGCAGACAAUAUUUCAAAUCCAAAUAUAAGUGGUGAAAACGAACUCAUAAAUUUAGACGUAGACAAUGUUUCUAAUCCAAAUAUGAGUGGUGAAUUUAAUUUUGUAAAGUCAGGAUUUCCUCCAAAAAAAUUUAAAAAAGUUAGAUUUAGAGAAGAACAAGGUCCAGUAGACAAAAACGUUUAUAAAAUGCCGCCAAUAGAAAUAUUUAAAUUGAUGAUUGGUCCUAUAUUUCAAACUAUUGUUCAACAAACAAAUUUAUAUGCUCAGCAAAAAAAUGUUAAUAUCAACACAAGCAUUGAAGAAAUAAAAGCAUUUAUUGGAAUUUUAAUUUUUAUGGGUUACCAUAGCUUACCUAGCAUCAGAUUAUAUUGGUCAAAUGAUCCUAAUUUUUUUUGUGAACGUGUGGCCAAAAUCAUGCCUGUAAAAAGGUUUUUGAAAAUUCUACGGUUAAUUCAUCUUAAUGAUAAUUCCCAAAUGCCAUCAAGAAAUUCUUUGGAUUUCGAUAAAUUAUAUAAAAUUCGUCCUAUGAUAACGCAUUUGAAAGAUAUUUAUCAAUCUGUAUAUCGCCCAUCAAGAUACUUGGCAGUCGAUGAAAGCAUGGUAGCAUAUAAGGGACGUUCCACUAUGAAACAAUAUAUGCCCAUGAAACCUAUUAAAAGGGGUUUCAAAAUAUGGGCAUUGGCUGAUUCUUAUAGUGGUUUUUUACUGAAUCUUGAUAUAUACACUGGAAAAAAAUCAAAUGGAAUACCUGAAGUAAACAAAAAGUAUUAUCCAAAACACCUUAUGAAAAAUGAUGGUAAAUAUACUUCUGGUGACAUUGAAUAUGCCCAAAGUGAAGAUAUUGGUAUUAUGCGAUGGAAGGAUAGAGGAAGUAAACCAGUGACACUUGUUAGCAACAUGCAUAACUCUUCAGAUACAUCUACAGUACUGAGAAAAAAUGGUAAAGGGGAAAGGAUUCAAGUAAAGUGCCCUACUGGAAUAUCAGAUUAUAAUAAAUACAUGGGAGGAGUUGACAAAUUUGAUCAAUAUAUGUCUCCAUACUCAAUUUCUCAAAAGUCGAGGAAGUGGUGGAUUAAACUUUUUUAUUAUAUGGUUGAUACUGCUAUUGUUAAUUCUUAUAUUUUAUAUAAAGAAAGUUGCAACAAGAAUAAAAAAAAGUACAUUACACAUUUAGAGUUUCGAUCGAGAUUAACGGAUGAGCUUAUUGGGAAUUUCUCAUGCAGGAAAAAGAAUACAUCUUCCCCCCACGAACAAAGAUAUAAAAAAAAACAAAAACUUUCCAUCGCUCAUGAUUUUACAGCUGGAGUUAAUCAUAUGCCAAAAUUCAUAGAUAAAUAUAGAAGAUGCAAAAUGUGUAGCACUAAAGCAAAAGAAAAAAGAUCCAAUAUGAUUUGUUCUACAUGCGACAUAACACUAUGCAAACAAUGUUUUGUACCAUAUCACAAACCUACCUAA